AUGGUUCUUCAAACUGGCCUAGAAGGAACCCAUGUGAUCAUCACAGGGGGUAGCCGAGGAAUUGGCAAAAGUAUUGUCGAGGCGUUUUUGUCUGAGGGUGCCAACGUUUCAUACUGCGCUCGUAAUGUGACGGGUGAUGAGUUCGCCACUUUCUCGUCCGCACAUAAUGCCCAUGCUGUGGGCACGUCAGUUGAUGUAGGAGAUAAGGCGGCCCUCCAAGCCUGGGUAAAAAAGUCGGGCGAAUCCUUUGGACGCAUCGAUACAAUCAUUGCGAACGCAUCGUUGCAGCUCUUUGAUGACUCGUCAGAGAGCUGGCUCACAUCUUACAAUGUUGAUGUUAUGGGAUUCGUCACCUUGGUCCAAACUGCUGUCCCUUUCCUGCUUAAAUCUCCCAACGCCUCCGUCGUCGUCAUAUCCAGCUUCUUGGGUCGCGAAUUCUUCCGUAGUCCACCGGCACCAUAUGGUCCUUUCAAAGCUGCGCAGUUGCAGCACGUGCAGGAACUGUCUCAUUAUCUUGGCCCCAAGGGUAUCCGCACAAAUGCUAUCUCGCCCGGUCCUAUUAUAUUUCCGGGAGGAAAUUGGGAGACCUACCAGAAAGAAAGUCCUGAGUGGGUAGAAGAAACGCGGCUCAAGGUCCCGUUACGACGUUUAGGGUCUCCAGGAGAAAUAGCAAACGCGGCAGUCUGGUUGGCAAGCCGUCUUAGUAGCUAUGUCAGUGGUACCAAUAUGCUGGUAGAUGGAGGAAUCCACGUCGGCACACAUUUCUAG